GUAGUAGCUCACAUCUCAUCUUUCCAUGACCCCGAGAGAGCCAUUUUGCAUCUCAUACACAGCUAAAAGAGAGAGAGACCAAACUGUGUGGGUCGAAUGAUGCAAGAAGAAACGGUCAUCAUCGUCGGAGCCGGCCCCUCCGGCCUGGCCACAGCGGCUUGCCUUAAUUUCCACUCGAUCCCUUGCAUAAUCCUUGAAAGAGAAGAUUGUUUUGCUUCGCUUUGGAAGAAAUAUGCCUAUGAUCGUCUCCAUCUUCACUUAGAUAAGCAAUUCUGCGUGCUUCCUUACAUGCCAUUUCCCGACUCUUAUCCGAGCUAUAUCUCAAAAGAACAAUUCGUAAGCUACAUGGAUGAUUACGUUUCUCAUUUUAAGAUCAGUCCUUUGUACCGGAGAUGCGUCGAGUUGGCCAAGUUCGAUGAGGCAAGCAAGAACUGGGUCGUCAAGGCCAGGAACUUGGGUUCUGGAGAGGUUGAGGAGUUCAAGGGGAGGUUUUUGGCGGUGGCUAGUGGAGAAACAAGCAACCCUUAUACACCAGAGAUUGAAGGAUUGAAUACUUUCCCUGGAGAUGUUCUCCAUUCAACCCAGUUCAGAAACGGCAAGGCCUUUAGUGACCAGAACGUUUUGGUUGUUGGGUCUGGCAAUUCUGGCAUGGAGAUCGCUCUGGACCUGGCAAAUCACGGUGCCAAAACAUCCAUAGUUGUUCGCAGCCCGGUUCACAUUCUUUCAAAGGAGAUGCUGUACGUGGGGUUAAUUCUAUUGAAGUAU